AUGAAAGAGGAAAUGAGCCUGUUGAAACACCCGCAAGAAGGUGGAGAUGUCAACCGUCAUGAGCCCACGGAAAAUUUUCAUUUAAUGCACGAUGAUCACAGUGUACAAGAUAUGGAACACCGUCAGCAAUCCAGACAUCAUGGGGAGUUUUUACCAAUGCAAGUGCAUCUGAUGGUUCAAUUUAAUGACGGCACCACACGUGAGUGGGGACCCAUCGCAUUCAUGAAUGAAGUUGUGCAAACGCUGCGUGCGGUGAUGAUGGGGUCAUUGGGUGGCAACCGACAAAACAACGGCUCCAUCCGUCUUUUUGACCAAGACAGUGUGGCUGUCAGUGUGGACGCCGAUCUUCACGAUGUAACUGCGCAGAAGGUACCAAAAAUGCACCCGCCCGUAUCGUUUUUUUGGAUUGACAUUACGGGCUCACCCGAGCCGAAGGAUCUCAACGUCCUCUUUGGCCUUUUAAAGGUGAAUGCUCGCACACAGCGGAAGUGGGGAGUCGAGGCGACGGGAGGACCGGCGGGGGACUCACUCAACUGCACGAAUGGAAGCGUCUUUGAAGAUGACUCCGAUCCCUUUUGGGGGUCAAAUGAAGAGAGGGGCGGGAGAGAGCCGGAUGAAAUGCAUGUAUUUGUUGAGGAACAGUAUGUACAGCUUCAACUUGCCGUCAUCCGUGCUAGCAGUCCACCCUGUGCGCAUGAUGCAACGCAGUCAACAUACGCGGCCUCCAGGAAAGAACACGCCACGCACCAGCCGGACCGUUUGCAUGCCAACCUUUUUGAUGUGGACGUGGAAGAAGACCUUGGCCGGGUGGAGCUGCUCUGCUUCUCGGACGGCAUCGUCACAUGGCGCCCGGUGCCAGAGGUGGAAGGGUGGGGGUACAUUGCCCAAGCCGUGGAGCGCCGCCUUGCCGACCCCUCUUCCACAAAAAGAGUACUCACAACCUCGAAGCUGCUCCACAUAAUUCUUGAUGAACUCUGCGAAGCCUUCCUUCCAGACCCCACGUUGGUCCUCAACGAGGCGGAUGCUAUUGACUCCAUGCUGCCGUUCGUGCGCCAACGGGAGUCGGAGCAGGUGGAUGUGUUGCGUCGGUCUCUUCGUCUACGGCGACGACUCGCCGUGCAUCGUCGACUCCUUUUGAGUAAAGUCAACCUCCUGGAGCAGCUCGGGCGUCCCGUCAUGCGCACGCUGCUUGCAUUCAUCACUGCGAAUUUGGGGAACACCGGGAAUGUCCUGCAGCGACCCAACGCUGUUGUCGCUUCCAAACCGCUCACAAAGGCGCCGAUGCACACUGAUGCGAAAAGUGUGGCAGUGACAAACCUACGCGGCCUCCCUCAUACCUCCAUCAUUCACCGCAUUUUGUACCUUCUUCGGCAGCUCGAUGGAGCCCAUACAAUUCUCAGUAACGCGACGAUUGUCUACACCUCAACAGUGGCGAUGCGAAACAACAACGUCAGUACGGAGGCCGACUACCGCAUGGUGGUACUCCACUACGUCACUUUAAUUAUUCUUCCGUUGACUAUUGUGGCCUCGCAGUGGGGAAUGAAUUGCUACGUUCCGUGGAAAGACCUCGACUCCACAACGCCAUUCUGGACAAUAACAGGCCUCUCCGUCUUGUACGCUGCUGCGCUCCUUUCAUAUCCCUUAUAUUAUUACUUUACCGGAAGGCCAGAGAAGCUUGUCUAA